CUCUCAAAAAUACCCUAUGGACAGAGCGGACAUGUUGAAAUUAACCAAAAGGCUUUGUCUGUUUAAACAUUGCGAGAGAGAGUCCCGGAGAAUGUUGGGUUUGUCUCAUUUUUUUACAUAUGCUAUGCUCUCUGACACAUCGCCAAGGAGCCAGCUCACGCUGAGCCAGAGCGGAACACUGUUAAAUCCCUGAUGAGCCGUGCUUUGCUCAAAGGCUACACAGUUCCGGGGAAAUACGACACACGUGUAGGGGCGGCCAGUAAAUCUUCAAAGGGGUGCGCAUCUGCCAUGCUCACCCCGUCUCCCAACUAGUGGUCUUGCUGUGAGGCUACUUGAGAGCUUCACUCAACUAGCCCUACUGCAGGAAAACCAUUGCUGCAUCAAAUCUGGCAUUUCAUCUUUACCCCCCCUUCAUAACCUUGAUAACAUAUCAAUAAAAUAGCAUUGGCCCAUAAUUGUUUUAACCAUUAAAAUAUAUGCUAUAGCCUACUUCAAGCAUACACACAUGCUUUUUUCCCCGUGUGAAAUGCAUGUCUUGUGUGUGUCUAUACACAAUGUACUUUUUUACUGCCAAUAUAAUCCCGUUUUGCAAGCCUCGCUGCACAGAUGUUGGGAUCGUACGCGCGGGCACGCGCACAGACAUACGCACGCACUGCCUGCCAGGUAGGAGGUGCCCCUCGAGCGCGCACUGCUGACGGACGGGCGUGCACGGGUAAGCGCAAGGACGCACGACCACCACAUUCCCACCCAUUCGCUCCACCAGAGCAGGUCGUGUGGAUGCGAGCAGAGAGGCAGCAGAGGGAGCGUGUCAGCGCAGAUGUCGCGCAUUAUAGCAUAGCCAUCGUGAAGGGCAGGAACACUUAUCAGGCUCGUUUCUAACUCUCCAUCUCUUGGCACAACGACUCUCAUCAUCACCAUUCUCGCGCUCGCAGCUUGUCAUUGAGACGACAAUGCGCCGGUCUGUGGAAGGCUGUGGAUUGAACAGGGCUUUCGGACUCACCUGUGGAAUUCCGUGCAGCGCAUGAUGCCUUAUUGGGUGAAAUCACUUGUUGUGCUUCUAUGUUUGCUCGUUACCGGAGAGUGCAGCCGGCACCGGCACCGCGUGCGGAGAUGGACCGGGACUGUGGAGACGCAGAAGCACGGCACUGCCUUGACCAAGAAGCCCCCGGACGUGACCAAGUCUCGCAAGCCCAAGACAGAGAAUCUCCUCAAAGUGGAUGAUCAUGACUUCACCAUGAGGCCCGCGUUCGGAGGGCCAGCAAUCCCUGUAGGAGUGGAUGUACAAGUGGAGAGUUUAGACAGUAUCUCUGAAGUGGACAUGGACUUCACCAUGACGCUGUACCUGCGUCACUACUGGAAGGACGAGCGCCUGUCGUUCACCAGCAGCACCAACAAGAGCAUGACGUUUGACGGGCGCCUGGUCAAGAAGAUCUGGGUGCCCGACGUGUUCUUCGUCCACUCCAAGCGCUCGUUCAUCCACGACACCACCACGGAGAACAUCAUGCUGCGCGUCUUCCCGGACGGACACGUCCUCUACAGCCUGAGGGUGACGGUCACAGCAGCCUGCAACAUGGACUUCAGCCGCUUCCCACUGGACUCCCAGACAUGCUCGCUGGAGUUGGAGAGUUACGCCUACACCGACGAGGACCUCAUGCUGUACUGGAAGAGUGGCGACGAGUCCCUCAGCACAGACGACCGGAUAUCAUUGUCUCAGUUCCUCAUCCAGAAAUUCCACACCACAUCCCGCCUGGCUUUCUACAGCAGCACAGGCUGGUACAACCGUCUGUACAUCAACUUCACCCUGCGGCGCCACAUCUUCUUCUUCCUGCUGCAGACCUACUUCCCGGCCACCCUGAUGGUCAUGCUGUCCUGGGUGUCCUUCUGGAUCGACCGGCGGGCCGUGCCCGCGCGAGUCUCCCUGGGCAUCACCACGGUGCUCACCAUGUCCACCAUCAUCACGGGGGUCAACGCCUCCAUGCCCAGGGUGUCCUACAUCAAGGCGGUGGACAUCUACCUGUGGGUCAGCUUCGUCUUCGUCUUCCUGUCCGUGUUGGAGUAUGCCGCCGUCAACUACCUGUCCACCGUCCAGGACCGGCGCGAGCGCAAAAUGCGGGAACGGGCGAGGUCACAGUCCCUGGCAUGCACCUGCGGGAUCUCUCACACGCGCACCAUGACCAUGCUGGACGGCACCUACAGCGAGGCCGACACCAACAGCCUGGCGGGCUACACCGAGGACCCCAUGGGCCCCGAGGAGGAGCAGGAGAUGCGCGGGGUGUCGGUGUCAGAGAAGCCCGAGCACAUGGUGGUGCACCUGUCGGUGAGCAGCGAGUCCACGGCCACCAAGAAGAAGCGGAGCUUGCGCGCCCUCAACAUCAUGCAGAACACUCACGCCAUCGACAAGUACUCCCGGAUGUUCUUCCCCGGGUCCUACAUCUUCUUCAACCUCAUCUACUGGUCUGUGUACUGCUAAGCAGGAUUGGCCAGGGGGGGAGCGGGGACAUGUUUGUACAAAGACUUCCCCCCUAGAAGCGCUGUCUAAAUGCUGGAGGACGGAUUUUGGUGUAUCGUUUUUGUGGAUAUGUACAGAGCCGGACGCCUGGAGAGAGAGAAUGGCGCACUGGCGUUGCAUUCAGCAAAUGUUUGCAUGGAGAACCGGAGUUUUGAUUUCGUUAUUUUUUUGCUUUAUGCGGCAUUUUGAAUGUUCUUCUUCUUUGUUUUAAACAAAUGUUGUUUUUUUUGUCAGUUGGUACAAAGUACAAAGCAGACAAAAAGUGGUUGAUUCUGAAAAGUACAUUGUCCUAAGACUUCAGACAAUCUAUGAGUUAUUCUGACAACAAUUAUUAGGGUGGCAUUAAAAUCAGCUAGUGUAGUGGUUAAAUAGUUUUGUGUGCACUUAAAGGCCCCUCCAGUGUUUUGUGUUCAUUUUUUAGGUUCCGAUAUUCUCUUUUUUUAAGGGCGACCCCUUCCUCAAGAGAUGUCCACGUUCACAGAGGUGCAUUAAUGGGAAAUAAAUGACUUCAGCGACGCUAUUAAAACCUGACAUAAGAGUUAGUCAAAGCUGGCAUUUCACCACACCUCACAAAACAGAUUAUUUAGGCAGUUUUAGAGCUACGCAUAAAAAAAAAUCUCAGAUGAAUGUUUAUUACAUUUAAUAAAAGGAAUGUUAUUCAACAAUGUAAAGAAUAUCUGUUAACUUUCGCUAUCGGAUUUUAAUGGUUUUGAACAACAUUUAUGUUUACUUUUUAUUAUUUAAUACUAUUUUUAUUUUAUUUCUAAAGACAUUAUUGUAUGAGACAAAUCCACGGCCCAGAUAAAUUAGGGUGAUUGCCUCGCUCUUGCCUGAUUGACAUAAAGCCACGAGUACAGUCUUCUCGAGUUGAACCCUCUCUUGACCCACUUAUCAGGCGACAUAAAGUUCGGCUUUUCAGCAUUUAUUUUCAGAAACCUUGAUUAACCACAGAUUAUAACUCCUUCGAAGAAAAAAAAGGAAUGAAUGAUGCUUUUAAGUUUUCAUCAAUGUCUUUAUGUUUUUAUGAAGGCAGUUGGUUAUGUUUUUGAAGAGCUUCAAACUUUAUGUUUGUAUUAAGGCAUAGUAGAUACUAAAGAGUGAAAAGGUUCAAACCAAAGCAAAAUCGGACUGUAUCAUGAUGCUUCGAGAGAGAUUUUGAAGAAGCUGGAACUUCAUGAGGUGCUAAACACUGUAGAGAAAUAUAUAAAUGAGUAUAACCAUUCCAGUAAAAGUACAACGGCCACAAUAUUUGAGAAUUAUCUCAAUACAUUGUUAUGAACAAAAGCCAAGUAGGCCUACAGCUGCAAGACACAUUACAAUGUUUUAUAAAUGUAUGUAUUUGAUCAAUACGAAAAUGAGGUCUUAAUUUAGGAAAGUGUAAAAGAAUGUAUUUAAACAAUGCACUAUGUGUACACACACACACAAAUCAAAUUAUUUUAUAUUUGUGAUGCUUAAUUAAUAAUUUCUACAGACAAAUAGUAUUAUAAUAUAAACAUUUGAUACAGAAGGCAACAGUGGUUCUAGUAUUUGUCAACCGUGGAGAACAAAAAGUGAUUAAAAAUAAAGAGCAAACAGUGCGUUUGCAAACCUAAUUCUAAAUAAUGAUACUGUAAAGUCUGUGAAUAAACUAUUGUUAGUAUGUGGCCCAAUCGCUGUAAGCACUCACAUGUUGGGCAUCAAAGAAUGUUGAAAUGUGUUUAAUUGGAAUUAAGUUUGUGUAUAUAUUAACUGUGCCAUUUCCUUAAAAAGUUCUGUUCAUAAUUGUUCAUAAUGCAACUAACUAUGUUAUACACAAAUUAAAUAAAAUCUUUGUAUUUUA